GGCUUAUCGGUCUGAACUUUCCUCUCGUGUGUCUGAGCUUGAGAGACAAAGUGAGGAGAGGGCUUUUCGGGGGACUCCAGAGGCGGUGGAUUCCAUUUGUGGAGAUGGAAGGGGGAGCCACCACCCCAUAAGAGCUGAGGUUUUGCUUUGAAAAGUGGAAGAGGUUAUCAGAGAAGGAAAGAAACAAAAAGUGCUGAAGUCAUGGGAGCUGAAGAGGAGGUGCUGGUCACGCUAUCUGGAGGGGCCCCCUGGGGCUUCAGGCUGCAGGGGGGCUCUGAGCAGAAAAGACCCCUUCAGGUGUCAAAGAUCCGCAAGAGAAGCAAAGCCUGCCGGGGGGGCCUGUGGGAAAACGACGAACUGGUGUCCAUCAACGGGAAGCCAUGCACUGGCCUUUCCCACGCCAGCGCCAUGCACAUCAUCGACUCCUCCAGCGACACGCUCCACAUCUGUGUGAAACGGGCGGCUGGCAGAGACCGGUCUGGCACACGGCCCCUGCACUCGCUUUCCCCUGGGCAGCUGCGAGUGCUCUCCCCACCAUCCCCAGUCAGCCCAGAGCCAGCUGGUCCCCCGGCUACCACCCCACUGGAGCUGCAGCGCAGGCGGCAGCAGCAGCUGGAGAGCCUGACCUCGCCCCCCGACAGUGAGGCGUACUACGGCGAGACGGACAGCGACGCCGACAACAUUGCCCAGGAGAAGCACCGGCGGGCCCGCAAGAAGAGCCCUCGCUCUCCACCUGGGGGCUCCAACAACAAGCCAGGCGAGCCACAGGACGAGGUGUCCCUGUCUGAGCUGAGUGGCUAUGACAGCACCCCGGAGGCAGCAGCACAGGCCGGAGAGAACAUGAGUGGCGUGGCCAAGAAAGACAUCGUGCAGCAGCCUGGCAGCCGCACGGACACCUCUUUCUUGGAGAGUGAGGUGCUGCUGCAGCCACCCCAAGCAGAGAGCAGGGAGCUCUCCCCAGAGGCCAUGCUCCUGCCCCAUGCCACCAAGACCAUCCGAGCUGAGCGCCACCUCAUCCCCAUGGUGGGGCCAGUAGAACACCCAGUCGAUGAAGAUUUAACCACCACCUAUGCAGAGAAAGCCAAACAAGCCAAGCUGCACCGCAGUGAGAGCACACAGGAGAAGAAUGUAAAAGAAGCCAAAACCAAAUGCAGGACGAUUGCGUCCCUGCUGACAGAUGCGCCAAACCCCCACUCCAAGGGCGUGCUGAUGUUCAAGAAGCGCAGGCAGAGGGCUAAGAAGUACACCCUGGUCAGCUUUGGGAGCGUUGACGAGGACCGCUGUUAUGAGGAGGAGGAUGGUGUCUUCCCAACCAGCGAGUCAGAGUUUGAUGAGGAAGGCUUCUCAGAUGCCCGAAGCUUAACCAACCACUCAGACUGGGACAACACUUACCUGGACAUUGAAAAGCCCAAGCUGGAAUCUGAGCAGCAGCUGGGGCAGACGCAGCAGGGUCUGAGUGAAGCCUCUGGCAGAGGAGCACGGUUAUUUGAGCAGCAGAGGGAGAGGGCUGGUCAGUAUACGGUGGAGAAAACUCCAGCUGAGAAGCCAGAGAGCCAUCAGCCACCACCAGGUGUCGUGCCAAAGCAGAGCAUGGUGAACGGGGAAGUGCCUACUCCACAGAAGGCCAACACGGCCCCACUGAGUAUCCAUGUGGAAGCAGUGCAAUUAUCCAGCAAGCUGCCGUCAUCUACCUCUGCUCAGGUCCAGUCUCCACCGGGCAGCAUUGGAGGAGGUGCCCAGUCGUCUCCAGGCACAGAGGGCCUCUUCAACAGAUCGGCACGGCCCUUCACUCCUGGCUUUUCGGGGCACCGUCCUGUGACUUCCUCCGUCAUCUUCAGGCCUUUGGCUCCCAAGAAAAGUGGUGGCAGUCUGGGGGAGCAGAGCACCACUGCUCCACCUUUCUCACCAGUAACUCCUGUGCCACCUCCCACCGCACCAGCGAUGGCUCACAAUGGUCCAGCAAGCUCCUCAACGUCUUUGUAUAUUCCAGCACCAGGCAGACCAACACCACCAGGGGUACCACAGCCAGCCGCAGGCGGAAGUGCUCCUGAGACUAAGACACCCACAAACCCAGCCAUGACCUCCUCGGCUUCCAUUGUUCUAACCACUCCCUCUAAGCCAGCGGGGGCUGCAGCAACACCUCAACCACGAGGGACAGCUUCUUCCUCCUUGUAUAUCAGCCCAGCACCACAGCAACCCAGCGUGGUGAGCGGCUCUCUGCUACCAAGCCAGCCAUAUCCUAUUGUCUCCCCAGCUACUCCACAACCUGCUUCUGAGCCCUUAACAUCCAGGGAGCAGCGGAUUGCAGUGCCAGCCCCCCGAACUGGCAUCUUGCAGGAAGCUCGCCGGCGGGGCAGCAAAAAGCCCAUGUUCAAUACCAUAGAAGAGAAGAAGAAGAAUUCACCCAACCCCGAGCUUCUGUCUCUGGUGCAGAACCUGGAUGAGAAACCCAAAGGCGACCACCCAGGGGCAGGCUUUGAGUCUGGGCCUGAGGAGGACUUCCUCAGCCUAGGAGCUGAGGCCUGCAACUUCAUGCAGUCCUCAGGCCGCAAGUUCAAGGCCCCUCCUCCAGUGGCUCCUAAGCCUCAGCAGCAAGGUGCCUCUGUUGGACUAGUAAAUGGUGCCCAUGACAUGCCACAGCUGAAGGGCAAAGGGGCAGAGCUUUUUGCCAAGCGACAGAGCCGCAUGGACAAGUUUGUGGUGGAGGCAGCACCGAGGCCAGGCUCCAAGCCCAGGGCACCCUCACCCACGCCUUCUCUACCAUCAUCCUGGAAGUAUUCUUCCAACAUCCGUGCCCCACCCCCAAUAGCUUACAACCCCUUGCAUUCCCCCUUCUACCCCCUGGCAGCAAGCAAGUCUCAGGCUAGCAAAGCAGAGAGCAAAGUGAAAAAGGCACCCAGCCAGAAAUCGGGGAUCAAGGCCAUUGAUUUCAUGCGCCACCAACCCUACCAGCUAAAGUCAGCCAUGUUCUGUUUUGGGGAGCCCUCGAGCGCUAACACACAAAACCCUCUGCCCCAGCCAGCCCAGCAAUCCAGCUUGUCUUUCACCCCAGCCAAGCAGGCGCCUGUGAAAACAGCCAGGACCUAUGAGAUCCGGCGGUUUUCCACACCUGCUCCCAUGCCCACUUUGAGCAGCCUGGCACCCACAGUCCUCACUCCCCGCUCUGCCACCACGCUGGACGAGCCAGUGUGGAGGACGGACAUGACCUCCUCCGCACCGUCCACCCCUGCCCCUUUCCAGGCCAGUCCCAGCCAGACCCCAAAGCUGUAUGAAAGCUCCCCAGAGCUCAGGCAGAUGGGCCAAGGGACUCCCCCACGCCCAGCCUCCUCCUCCGGGUUCCAGGUAGCUAGACCCAGGUUCUCAGCAGCCAAAACUGGGAUGCAGGCGCAUGUGUGGAGGCCAGGCUCUGGGCACCAGUGAACCAGGACCUGUCCCCCUCCCCCCCCCACCCACCCCCUGCAUCCCUUCCCCCACGGGUGCAACUGGGUGUCCAACCGAGAUAGUUUCCUUGGGCUUUCUUUAAAGUGAGCUCAAUAAAUUGGGGUGUGUGAAGCAAAAGGCAGAAAGGGGGAGGGGGUUGGGGGGAACUCCCUUCCUGGCCCCCCAUCCCCCUUUGUUUUCAGCCUGGCAGCAUCACUAUGAGCUUUCCCAGCUGUGGCUAGAACCAGAGGACUCAGGAGGAAAGAAGAGACAGGGCAAUAGUCUCCAGCCUGCUUCUGCCCACAGCUGCAGGGCAAUGAAACCCAGUUUCUGGGGCCAGGGGAAUGGGAGGGGCAGACUGUCAUGCUAAGGGGUGGGUAGCACUCCAGUGGGCUUUAGAAACAAGACCCUGUUAACCCUUUCAGUGCCCCAGUAAGGCAGGAGCCAUCCCAUUGCUGCAGACAACAAGGCACUGCGCACAGAAGGGUCCCACCCAGGCUCACAUGGGAAGUGAGUGGCAGAGACAUGACUGAAACCCAGGGUUGCCCCCUACCCCAGUGAAUUGAGAAAUGAGACAACGUUCCCCAGGCCUGCCUCUGCAGGGGAGCAGCAGGUGCUUCAGGGGACACUGGGACGGGAAGGGGAUGUGGGCAUCUGCUCAAACUCACAGCCUUCUGCUCGCCCUGCUCAGGACAGCCAUGGAGUGCACAUGCUCUUCCAGCAGCCAGGGCUGUGUUUGAGAAGCCAGCAGGGUCCCCUGCUGCGAUUUUCAGCUUCCUGGUGCCUUUCACGCAGGUAGAUGAUCCCAGCUGGCUCCAAGCAGCAGGGGGCAGUUUGAGGGGCUGAAAGGUCGAUGUGGGCCUGUGGUAAGUCUGGAGGAAUGUGAGAGGGAAGGAGAGGUUUCCUGGGAAGCCAGAAGAGCAAAGCAAGGCCCAGCUACUGACUGUUUAGUUCAGACGCUGUAUGUGGGAGAGAUGGUUCUGAGGGAAAGUGCAGAGCUGGCUCGUAGUGGAGCCGGGGCUGACUUUAGAUUCACACACCAGCUUUUUGGGUCAGUCUCCACUCUGGCAGGAGUUGUGGCUGCUGGAGUGGAGGCGAUGAGCAAUGUGAAGUUCCCCUGAGGACUCUUUGCCCAGCUGGGAAGGUCGGCCCCUCAUGUGGGCUGACCCAGCCCAGCUGGAGGCAAUGGGGAGAAGAGGAGUAGUGCAUGAGGAGACACAUUAACCCAGUUAGAGCUUCUCCAGAGGGUUUGAUAGUUACAGAAUAGCCUAAAAUCCCCUGGGAAGCAUCAGUCACUCACCUGCACAGCUCUCCCCUGCUGGCACUGGGGACACGUGGUUAGUCAUCCCUUUCAUGGCUUGGUUUAGGGUAGGAUAGCCUCAGCCACCUGAACAGUGCAUGGACUCUUCCCUACACCAAGAGCAUGUGACAAGUAGGGUAACCAGAUGGCAAAUGUGAAAAAUCGGGACGGGGAUGGGGGAUAAUCGGUACCUAUAUAAGAAAAAGUCCCAAAUAUCGGGACUGUCCCUAUAAAAUCGGGACAUCUGGUCACCCUAGUGACAAGGAAGCACUCCACUCCCCCGGGCAGCCAUGCAGGGUAUCAGCAAGGGCCAUGGGUGGGGGGUGCAUGCUGAGCUCUGGGUUGCACAUUUCCCGCAGUCUACCUUCCUGCUCUUCAACCUUGCCCCCUCCCUCUUGUUUCAGCUGCUUUCCUAGCCUGAACCUGCAGACAGGAGAAAGCACCGCCCACUGCAUACUGCUGAAGCUAAGGGAGUGGGAGUGGGGUCACCACCACUGAAUUCACAAACCCACCCCCCUCCACACGCCCCCAGUGACCUCCAAGGACUAGGGCCAUGACUGCACUACAGUGGCCUGGCUACAGCGCUGUAGCUGUGCUGCAGACUACUGCAGCAGAAGAGGGUUUUCUAUUGCUGUAGGAACCUCCCCAGGCAUCAAUAGCUAGGUUGACAGAAGCAUUCUUCCACCUUUACCAGAAGUUAGGCUGGCAUAGCUAUGGUGCUCAGGGGGUCUGGAUUUUUCACACCACUGAGUGGCUCAGCUAUGUUAACAUAUGUGUUAAGUUUCAGAGUAACAGCCGUGUUAGUCUGUAUUCGCAAAAAAGAAAAGGAGUACUUGUGGCACCUUAGAGACUAACCAAUUUAUUUGAGCAUAAGCUUUUGUGAGCUACGGCUCACUUCAUCGAAUGCUGUAGCUCACGAAAGCUUAUGCUCAAAUAAAUUGGUUAGUCUCUAAGGUGCCACAAGUACUCCUUUUCUUUUUAUAUGUGUUAAGUGUAGACCAGGCCUAAGCUAUGAACGCCUAGCCCAGGCUGUGAGCUGUCUCCAAGUCAGCAGACAUGCUCCUUCCUUUGAAUUCUGAUCCGAGAUUAAGGGAGACUGAUCUAAAGUUUGGGAUCAGCAAAACGGGGUUCGGUUCAGGCAGAGAAGUAAGCUCAGAGGAGAGCACAGAACAGCCCUGUUUCCACCAGCCAACCAAACUGGGUCUGAAAACAGUUUGGCUGGAACAGCACUUAAACCAAAACCAAACCCAAACUCGCUUUCUACACAUGGUCUCAAGCCCAGUGUGGCCAGGCACGAUGAUGUAGACCCCUUUGCAAUGAGAGACUAGAGCUCCUGAAUGUCCCAUUGGUACGUGGUUCUAGAGCUUUCUGGUACCUCAUCCCAAUGGUCUGCUGGGACAGAGAGAGUGGGGGAACCUAACACAAUGAGAGGCAGCUCCAUCAUUGGGAUAGAUGGAACAAAAUCAAAAUAAAAUAAAUGUAUCCUCAUGCCAGCUCCAUUCACAUUCACCCCUAUCCAGCUGGGCCACUGUGUCCUGGGCCCAGAGCUUGUAGUGCACGUUCCACUGGGGGCUCUGAGGCAGUGGCAACCAGACUUCACUUACCAGCCCAGCAGCCACCAGCAGGGCGGAGGGGAACUUCCCAAAGGACCCUUCGUUAAUGAGCUCUGGUGCAGCUCAGGUGAUUUGCACCAGGGUCAGAGCCCCCAGUAUUAGCCUAGGCUGGGUGUGAGCAGCCAUGCUGUGAGGCCUUACCUGAGUUAGUGUCCUCAGUGGUACUGCACUCUCCCAUGUGUGUUGUUAGGACUUCAAGGGCCAGAGCUCAUGGCUUUCUGUGUGGCAGUAACCUGAGCUGCUGUGUGAUUCUUUCCCAGAACAUUUAGGGAGAACUUUUCUCUCCUUCUGGGCACAUAGGAGGAACUGGGGGAAGGUGCUGGAGGACUAUUAAUAAUCAAAUGGUUCAGUCCACACUGCAAAGUAAAAGCCUGACCUGGGCUUUAGUUUAUAGACUCACAAUGAGUUAAUUAGCCCUGGUGGGAAGCACCAUUAAACUCAGAUAACAGCCAGUGUUUUGUGUGUGGACAGGAAUGAGAUUGGGGCAACAGCUGUGAAAAGCUAGAGUUAACUCCCUCAUGAAGACAGACCCUUAGAAAAGCAAGGGGUUGCUCUAAUACCACUGGCUGUCAGAGAAUUACCCAGAGGAGAGUAGGCAUGUUCUCAGGGAGUGACUGUGUUGGGAGCUUCAGUUUGGCAUGCAAGGGUCUCAGGAAGAGGGAGUAUCUGAAACUGGGAUUAAUGGUGACUUGAUCUGACCUAGCUGGAGACCUAAUAUGGAGCAAUGUACUAAUGUGAGAGUAAGAGAUGAGAACAGGGAGGGUGGGGGUUGUGCAUUGGAUUAGGACUUUCACCCCUAGCAACCUGGAGUCAAAUCUGUAUUCAGAACCAAGUUAGAGGAGUCUCAGAUGGCUCUCAGCCUAGCGUUUUGCUGAUAUCAGUGAACGUCACACCAUGACCCCACCAUUGUCCACCUGUAUUAAGGCAAGGAUCAGGAGUGGAGCAACAAGGGAAUCUGCCGCCAAGACUGAGGGCUGUAAUAGACAGGAGGUGUGAAUCAGGACUGAGGUACAUGCAUCAGCUGAGCUGUACCUGGGGCCAGGAAGAAGUCUACACAGUGCCCGCCUGCACCAUUGCUCUACUGCCAGCAUCUAUGCAGGAGAGACCUAGGUGUGUCACAGGACAGAAUACAACAAGUGCAUUUUUAGCAUGAGGUGGGAUUUAGUGCAACUGAAGUGAGUCUCCUCCCGGGACUGCAGCUGGGAACUUACUGAUGUUAUUUCACUACCUCACACCAGAGCAGGGAAAAAAAACUCCCUCAACUAGAACAGGAAGUGGGGUGGAGUGGUUCAUGGCUCCAUCCCAUAACUAAUCUGGGGAAGCCAGUUACCCCUCUCAUGACCACUUGCCGAAAGCAGGGAAGCUUGCUGUCACGUGGGGGGGCUCUCUGAAGGGCCAGGCACCAGCCUUCCUGUGACAAGCUCUGCUAAGGAGAAUAAGCCAACCCAGAUCUGCCUGGGGAUGGUUAUGAGAUGAGUAGCUGUGUGGUAGUUAAUUACUACCCAGACACCGAGGCCUGCAAGGGUUAGGAGUGCCCCCUUCAUAAAUUAAUAACACCCAGCUAAUCAUCUCAUUAACCAGCCCUAGGUGGAUCUGGGUUGGCUUAUUCUCCUCAGUGGAGUUUGUUGUAGGAGGCUGGUGCCUGACCCCUCAGAGGGCCAGUCCCUGUGACUUCUGCCUGGAGCCUAGCUUCAUUGUAAAAUUCACCAGUUGUUAGAGAUGCUGGGUAUUUAGGCAGAAAGUUUGUGUAAAGUUCCAGGCUGCCACCAUGCUAAAGAGACAGGCCCAACCCUCACUGAGCAUUUGGAUACGAAGUGGGGGGUCCAUUUUAUAGAUGCCCAUGGUUUCCCCUUCUCUCUCUAGCAUGUUUGUAGGUUACAAAAUUACAGGGAUUGCAAGAUGGGAAAGCUAUUUAGGUCUUCCUGUAUUCGGGAUAGGAGAGCCCACUGUAGCAUCCACCAGCAGAGAUAGUACUAGCCCAUUGGGGGCCCUAAGCAGGAAUAUUUGUGCCCCCCAACACAUAAUAAAAAGGGAAUAGGGAGCCCCCUUGAGCUGCUUUGGGCCCUAAGCAAUUGCUUAGUCUGUUUAUGCCUAGCGCUGGUGGCUCUGACCAGAAGCUGUGAGCUAAUGGGCUGGCUGAGGUGGAGAUGUCACAUAUGAGUCUGGUAAGAAGAAGCAACUGCCUUUGGCCAUCGCAGCUGCUCCCCAUUCUCCUCCCCUGAGUCUUGAUGAUAGGAGAGCGGGAACAAGACUAGGGAACAGCUGUGUGUGCCAGUGGGAAAGUGAGGAUAGGCCGAGGACAGGCUUCCAAACAAGGAUGCAGGGGUUCCCGCCUACAGAUAACUAGGGCCCUACCAAAUUCAUGGUCCAUUGUGGUCAAUUUCACGGUCAUAGGAUUUAAAAAAUCAUAAAUUUCAUUAUUUCCAUUAUUUAAAUCUGAAAUGUCAUGGUGUUGUAAUUUUAGGGGUCCUGACCCAAAAAGGAGUUGUCGGGGGGUUGCGGUGCUGCUACCCUUACUUCUGCAUUGCUGCUGGCGGCGCUGCCUUCAGAGCUGGGCAGCUGGAAAGUGGCAGCUGCUGGCCAGGAGCCCAGCUCUGUGAAGGCAGCGCCGCCACCAGCAGCAGCACAGAAAUAAGGAUGGCCUGGUGUGGUAUCGCCACCCUUACUUCUGCUCUGCUGCUGGGUGGGGGCUGCCUUCAGAGCUGGAUGCCCAGCCAACAGCUGCUGCUCUCCGGCUGCCUAGCUCUGAAGGCAGCACAGAAGUAAGGGUGGCAAUACUGCAACCCCCAUAAAAUAACCUUAUGACUCCCCAUGCAACUCCCUUUUGGGCAGGACCCCCAAUUUGAGAAACACUGGUCUCCCCUGUGAAAUCUGUAUAGUAUUGGGUAAAAGCAAACAAAAGACCAGAUUUCAUGGUCUGUGACGCGUUUUUCAUGACUGUGAAUUUGGUAGGGCCCUACAGAUAACCCAUCGCCUGCAGCAGAGCAGGUCUGUUCUCCCGUGGGAUUCAGCGCCCCCUCUCUCUCCAUAGCAGGAGUAUUUGGGACUAGAUAACUGGAGGACAUAGCCCCCUGAAGAGGGGUUUGGGGAGGGGGUGGCAAUGGGGUUUGUAGCUGCUCUUGAUGGAUAACAACUGAGAUGUUGUUAGCUGUGCCCUGAAGGUAAGCAGUGUCAUCUCCCUGUCACUUCCACACACCCCUGGCCUAGGCACCACCGCACUAGGGACACCUGUAGGAAUGCUCCCUUUUGUUUUCCCCUUUGUUUAUCACACACUAGUCCGGUACAACCAAGGAUUGUUCCCUAGCUAGAUUUUGCUCCCCUCCUCCUGAAGGGUCUAGCAAUUCCCCUGUGCUCCUGGGAAGAAAUUUGUCAGUGUUCAGAGAGGGGAAAGAACUGAGGGGUAGUGACCCUGGAAGGAGAACCAAGUUUGGCUUCUAUAUGUAUGGAAAUAGUUUUCUUUUGUGUUUUUGACUUACAGUCACUUUACACUUGUUUGUGCAGAGGAAUAAACUUCUGAUAUGCACUUUACUCAUUGCCUUUGUCACUUGAUUUGUUCAGAUACUACAGCUGCCAAACCACGCCUACCUUCCCUGCAUAUUCCAUUUGAUCUCACUGUACAGAAAAACCACACAAUGAAGAUGAAAUUAUAUUUUUUAUUCCCUUUUAUUUAUAAAAGUCCAAGAGAUGCCUGCUUAAUACUCUAAGCAGCACAUUUAAAACUGAUGGAAGGAAAUGUUAUGGUGACAGAACCCACAAUUAGCCUGUGGAACUCAUUGCCACAAGAUAUUGUUGAGGCCAAGAGAUUAGCAGGAGUCAAGAAAAGGGCUGGAGAUGUAUGUGGAUGAUGAGAACAUCCAGAGUUAUAAUAGGAUUUAACACUUACAUUUUAAAAUAAUAAAAAUAACCUUGAUACUUCAGGCUUUAAAACCAACCACUGCCUGAUGGGGGUUGAAAAAAAACUUCCCCACCGGGCAAUGUCACAGUGUGGGCUGUACUUUAGGAGGAUUUGGAGUCAGUCCCACUUGUAUCUAGUCUUCUGCCAUCUAGGUGAUGGGAUUAGGUCAGGCAGCCAGACUUCAUGUGAUGGGAGCCUUGAACUGGGGCUUCCUGGGAACCUGGUCCCCCAGAGAGUGAAGCGAGACACCAGAGACUAAGACAAGCAUGGGGAGCCCCAGAGUGGGUCUGGCAGUGAGAUCAGAGAAGUGUAGAGAGCAUGUGCUGAGGCCUAAUGUUCUGAUAUGAGGAUAAAGAGGAGAGAGAAAUCUUCAGGGAGGCAUCUGCAGGAGCUCCGGUGUCAGGGAGGAACAGAGAAGAAGUUAUCACUAGCAGCCUGAGGGAAAGGCCUGGCUGGAGCUACCUGCAGGGGGCAAAACCCUUAAGCAGGACUGCUGAGCCAGAGAAGGCGAGGCAAUGCUAACUUUGGGCUAAUAAACCACAUCUCAGAAAGAGAGAGCACUUCAAUAGUGUAGCCAAUGAUUUUAGUUUAGUAUCCAUUUAUCAUGUGAUGUUAUGAUUAAUCAAUGUUAUGUUACAUAUAUUCACUGUAUGUUAAUUAGAGUUUAUUUGUAGGAUUAUAGAAGUAUAAGAUUAAUCAGUGUUUAGAGGAACUAUGUAGUAGACAUGACUAAGACAAGCUGAAAUGCAAAAGCCUGUAGGCCAAGGCCUGCAGGACUCUAGCUUAGGUAUUUUAGGCCUUAGAGACAAGAAAUGACGUCUCAAGACAAUGACUGAGAAAUAACUGAAAAGAUGGUGGGAAAGAGGUACUAACCAGUAAUAUUGCAAAAGUAUAGCAGGGAAGAUUAAAAUUAAAUCAUAAAAUCCUGUAACAACAAAUAUUGUCUCUUACAUGUGCCCUAACCUAAGACAAAGGUGGUACGUCAAUGUUGACAAGAACCUACCCAGCCUAUAGAAUUUGGGGUCCCUUGUGUUUCCAGGGGACACAAACCAAUAAGAAAGCAAGGGUUGACACUUUCAUGUACGUGUGCAGAAUGUAGGUAUAGAAAGACUCAUAGUAUAAAAAGGGG